AUGGGUUCUAAGUUAUGUCUCCAACUCUUCCUACUUUUCGCCUUCAUUACGCCUCAUUUAACCUCUGCUCGCCAUCUUCGCAACCAUAAACCUUCUCGACUUCUAUUUCCCGAGCAUCUCAUAGGAAGUCGUAAAAAUGAUAACUUCGAAGGAAUUCAUAAAGUCAAGGCUUACCUCCAACGUUAUGGUUACUUAAGCGAUGAAAAGGAAAACAAUUUGAGUAUAGAUGCAUUUGAUGACGACUUGGAAUCUGCCAUUAAAUCAUACCAAAAAGUUUUCAAGCUUAAUGUAAGCGGAGUCUUAGACAGGGAGACCCUACAACAAAUGGCCAGGCCUCGAUGUGGGGUGACAGACGAUUUCAUAUUAGUAGCACAACAAGAUCACGAGAAUAAUAAUACUAAUAUUCAAAUAGGUGGUUCACAUUACAUGUUCUACCCCAACAAACUAAAAUGGCCAGUUGAAAAGAGGCACUUGACGUACGGAUUUAUCCAUAAUUAUCCACCAGAGCACGCUGCUGCAGUGAUUCGAGCUUUCGAUACAUGGGAAGCCAAUACGAAAUUUACAUUCUCCCAUGCAGCAAGAGUACAAACAGCAGACAUUCUGUUAAGUUUCGAGAGAGGGGAUCAUGGAGAUGGGAAACCGUUUGAUGGACCAGGGGGAGCAUUGGGACACGCGUUCGGGGCGAUCGAUGGUAGAGUGCAUUUUGACGGAGAUGAGCAGUGGGAAACAGGUUCGUUUUGGCAAGAGUACUUUGAUGUCGAGUCUGUGGCAUUGCAUGAGAUAGGACAUGCGCUUGGGCUCGGCCAUAGCAGAGAGCCAUCGGCCGUUAUGUGGGCUAAUAUGGACUCUGGUGUGACCAAAACUCACUUGACUAUUGACGAUAUUGAAGGCAUUCAUGCUUUAUAUGGCCCUUAA